CUCGUUUGCGUCUUCCUGUCCUUUUACCUUACCGCUUUGCAGCAGCUCCCUCGCUCCUUCCAGUUUGUUCGUCUUCUAUUUGCAGUUUACUUUCAUUCAUCUCAGCCUUCGUCGCUUUCCUUAAAUCCACGCCGCUGCAAGGUCGCUGGUCGAUCUUCGAUAAUUGCUCUGUCUACCGCCUCUUAAUUCUAUUAUUCGCCCUUCAUAUACCUUCUGCGACCUGACUCUCCUGCGACGUCUAGCCCCUUAUACCGAUGCCCUUCAUGUGGUCCUCGAUCGCCUUGACUACGGAUCUCUGCUCUCACAUCGCGGCACACCAGUGUCAAUCUUGCUUUGCGUUAUCGGACUACUAGAUCAUAACGGUCACCGUCUCGAUUUACUCUGUUGAGUCUCUGGGCUAGUCGGACAGCAUGUGGCUCUUCCGGGGUGCACAGUCCGCCGUGUUUUACUACGCCACUUGCACUCCGUGUGCCGAUUCCAUGGCAAAGAGAAAGCGCAAGAAGGAAGCAGUCCGUGCUCGUUCGCAGCGAGAAAAGCAGCAGAGCGAUGCCAUUGUUACCGAUCAGCCUCGGCCUUUUCCCCAGCCAACUCCUUUCAGUACAAAUCCGGGGUGGAUGGAAGAGAUCGCCUUGGGACCCCACGGCGCGAAGCGGAGAGGCGGCCAUCGAACCAAUAUGACCCAUCACCGGAUAGAAAGCUGGGACACAAGCGAGUACUCCGUCGGCUCGGGUGAAGACUACGACCGCAUGGGUUCUCACGUACCUCCUCAGAAGAUGAGCAAGCUCGGCUCUAAGCAUCUCGGUGACCGCUGGAAUCGCAUGCUUCGGUAUCAGCGUGAAGACGAGCCAUUAUGGGGAGAAGAAGUCGAGGUAAAGGGCUCUUCAGUUGGAAUCUCCGGCCAGGGUAAGGUGGAUGCAAAAGCUCCAAGCAAAUACUGCAUCACCCGUGUGCCCCCGGUCAAUGAUCUCCAUCCGCCCAUCGUCAGCGGACCUAAAAGUAGAGCCGAAACGAGAUGGAUGCUUCAACCUCCUCCUAGUGCGAGAGUCAUGGCUGGAAAGGAUCCAUGCCGUACACUCGCUCCACCCGUGGAUUACAGAACUAGGCGGAUGGGCAGUGACAGAUCAACCUCGCGGCGCAGCGGCCAUACCCAUACUCUACCUCCAUUAACUACAGAGAGCAGCCGUGAAUCUUCUGGCUCCUCUCCUUCACCACCCACGCGUUCUCCUGAGACGCCGGAACCGGCCACUCAAGAUCUCCCCCGCUCACCAUCACCCGCCUUCUACGCUUACGGCAAGGACGAAUCACAUUUCGUCAUAUCAUCAUCUAUCUACUCGCCAUCUGAUUCUUGUUCAACUUUGUCCUCUGUAGACGAUUCCGAUCUUGAGUCGCCCAGGGACUCACUCCUCUCGCCUGCCACUCCUAUAUCGCGACCUCUUUCAAAGGAUCCUACCAGCCACCCUGAUGUCUCGCGUCCUGCAAUUUUCAGGGCUUUGACUGCAGUACACAAGGAUAAUAAAAAGGAUAUUCAUAUGCUACAAUUUGAGCUCCCUGACCCCCAUGAUCUUGGAGUAGGUCAAGUCGAACGAGUACGGCCAUUCCGCUGGAGUAUGGACUUCUGAAUUGAGUAAUGGCGGAACCUUCCUCUCAUACCUCUUAACAUCCUGAUGGUGCGUUGGCAGAACAUUCUUGGGUUAUGCAUUGAGCGGGUAGUAUCACGAUUGGGCUCAGUAUCCUGAUAGCGAGUGUGCGAUUUGUCUUCACAACCCCGUAUGCAUUCUCAGCGCGCUACGAUUUGUUGGAACAGAUUACCCCAUGGCAGGACCAGUAUAACCCGAACAACAACACUCAUUCGCUCUUCUACUUCUGUUUCAAUUGGUUCUGCUGAACUUUCCUCUCUUGCGCAGAGUAAUCCGACCCUCCUUCAUUCUUUUUAUUUUCCUGUCGCGCUGCUCUCAGAUCGUUAUUGACUCCCAAUCCCUUGCACACUGCCUUUGUUUCAGUAAUUUUUUGGCUGCGAAAACCGCUUUGCAUGUCUGGCGCUUUGCUUCUGUUUAUGUUUAUUCGUUUCGCCCAAGCACCUUUUGGUUGUACCUAGCAUUUUGAUAUCCUGACUGGAAUAAAAGCUAAUCCUAUAC